UGAGUCCAACUGAAAACGUCGCAUUUUCAGAUUGUCGAAAGUCUAGUUUCCAUACCCUUCUGAUGGAUAUUGGAGUGUCGCAAGGAUAUGGCAACCAGACUUCUGACACAACUGCUAUCCAGAUGUCAUCUGAACACAAUCGCAGCAAAAGCAGGUUCCAAAUUUCCGUAGAGGUUGAGUCUGUCACGGAAGGGUCAAGGAUGGGCUGAAAUCGAUCAAGGAUGAACGAGGAGAUUCGUCACAAUUCCUGAGUACGAAUGUUUCUCUUUUCAAUCCACAUUAUUUUCUCUACUAGCAUUAGAGAAUAGAUAUCGACACUUGACCCACUCGGUUCGGAUGUGCUUGUUAUUUUCUGACUGCUUUCAUCUUGAACUUGGCUUUAACACGUGACAUAUCGAAUGUUUUGUGAGGAUUGUUGGUUGUUUUAUGCUUUCAGGUGUAUUGAGGCCAACAUCUGGAGUGGUGGAUAAUAGGCAUGUUGCCAUUGACGAGAAAACCUGGCUUCACAAGCAUGUCAUGUUCGCUGAUUGCGAUUUCCUGGCAUUUUAGAUUCUUCAGAGCAGAAUUGCUCCCAUGAGAAGCCCAUAUUAAAGCAGGGACGGGUCCUGCGCUCACUUCAUCCACCAUCCUGCAGUCGGGCAGCAGUUACACACUGCUCCUACAAGCAAGCCUCACCAACAAUUUUAUGCAACCAAAUGUGCAAGACUCUUCAAAUGUGUAUGUUGUUGCAUGUGAGACGGGUCUGAUCUGUCAUUCAGAUAGAACGAGAAUAAAAAGGAACUAAAGAGACUCAGAAGUUUUCAAGUAUAGAUUGUCUGCUAAAUCUAAGCAUAUUAAGACUUUUCUCGGUGAUUUUAGAUCUUACGAAAUUUAUCUCUCGAGGUGUCAUUUGAAAUUAUGGAUUGUACCAUCGGAAAGUCCUCGUGAUUUUAAUGCUUCCCAAACAGGAACGCAGCCAUCUAUGGAGGCAUCCAGAACUUGAUCAAGACUUGCUGACGUGCAGAAGCUUUGAAGGGAAACUCUUGGUGACUUCAUCGGAUAGAUUUACAAGACAUUCCCAGAGCAAGAAGAGGUGUUUAUUAGUUCUUCCGAGUUUCAAGCUACAUCUAAGAUCGAUCCCGAAGGACUAUAUUCUGAGAGAAAGGGCAAGCUUAAAUCAUGAGCUCCUUGAAAGUCCAGCACACUAUAAUUUAGAUGUACAUAAUUUAUUUAGAGAACAGAAGGUAUUGAGGAUAUUGGAGAUGUAGUUAUAUC